UCCAGCUGAGCCGCAGCUCGAUGCGCAACUUGAAGCUUUCUUGUGUCUUAUCAAUUGAUGCGCACACAGACUCCUGACAGGCUUUUACCUCCGCUGACAGCACCGUGAAAGAGAUGCACCUCGACAUGACUCUCCUUCAGAUUCUUGCUGUGCUCUUGCUGCCAGGAGCGUGGGGUCAGAGCGGCGGCAGCAGCAGCACUCUUGGCGUGGUGGUGGAGGCCAAGAACAUCACCCUCCCUGAAGGGUCUAAGGCCGUCCUGCCGUGCCACAGUCCCCGCAUGGUGUGGACCCAGGACACGCUGAAGGACCGUCAGAGGGUGGUACACUGGGACCUAAAGCACAGCAGCCCAGAGUAUUCUGUGGAGCGAGUCCUGGACAUGUCCCCCGGGGCGCGGCAGAGGGUCUACAACGGCUUCAACAAGGGACGCAUUUCCAUCCAAGACUCUGCUUUCAAUGAUGGCAACUUCUCCCUGAUCAUCAACAAUGUGGUCACAACUGACAAAGGACUUUAUACUUGUAAUCUGCACCAUCACUACUGCCAGAUUCACCAGUCCAUUCAAAUCCAGCUAAAUGUCACAAAAUCAGCUCGGAAAGAGAAACGCUACUGGGAUGGAGAGAAGACUGUGUUCGUGGUCUUGCUGGGCAAGUCCGUGGUCUUGCCUUGUGUGAACCGGCGCUCCCUGUGGAGAGAGGGCCUCCAGGAGGACCAGCAGCAGGUGGCCCACUGGGACUUCCAGCCCCCUGGUGUGCGUCCUGAUCGGGCUGACCGCCUGGUGGACCUCUACGCCUCCGGAGAGCGUCGGGAUUAUGGACCACGCUUUGGACAGAACAAGAUGAGCGUGGAGGAGGAUGCUUUCACGUUAGGCGACUUCUCACUGUCCAUUUCUGAUUUGAGGCCUGUCGAUAAAGGCUUGUACUCCUGCCACCUGCACCACCACUACUGCGGCCUACACGAGAGACGCAUCUUCAGGCUCACUGUGGGACCUCCACUUCCGUCCGCCCCCACAACAGCACCAAAAAUUUUCCAGAACGAUGCUCCAGAGCCAAGGACUGACGAGGUGGAAGGUCCUCGUGUGGUGAAUGUCAUUCUUCCAGAGCAUCGAGGUUAUUUUGUGCAACAUCUGGGCUACUUCCUGGCAACUUUCUUACUGCUGGCGCUCAUCGUUGUCGCUGUCAUUGUGCUGACUCGGCGCAAAAAGAGAGGGCUGGAGUAUGACUUCCAUAGAUCUGAACGGGGCAGUGUGAUGAGUGGAGUGGAAAUGUCAUUAGACUCCACAGAGCUGAGGACUUAUAACCAAGAGCCUCUGAAUUCAGACUACAAAAACAACCUACUCAAAGAGAGAGAUAUGGCCAAAGACUGCAAUAGGGACUUUGACGGGAAGCUGUGGAAGUGAGUGCGAUAUUUGUGAGAUGCUGCUGGCAGGUCCAGGGCGAACACCGGAAGAGUAAAGGACCGUGGAGAGAAGGGAAGCCCAUGAGAGGACAGGAGGAAUGCUCCCUCUGCUGUAACUCUAGCACACUAAGCUUUUUCACUAAAAGCCACCAUCACUUUUUUCAUGUUUUUGUUUUUUUUACACAUAACUUGCAUUUUCACCAGCUGUUAUUACAAUAUGGUUUAACAUAUAUUUGAUCCUUACUCUUUGCAUUUGUUAGUUUAUGCUUAAUAUUGGAUAUUUUUUAUCACCCAUUUUAUUUUAUUUUUUAACGAAAAUGCAUGCUGUUUGUUAAAGUAUGAUUUAUAUAUACUUUGCAUGCUUAUAGAGCUGCAAGCUCACAGCUCUUUUCCAUUCUUGAAAUUUGAUAAUUUUCUUUUUUUGCACAAAUUCUGCUGUACGGUAAUUUGUAAAGGUGUUUCAUCAGGUCUCAAAGGUAACGUUACUGUAGGUAGACAAUUUCAGACAGUGUUUGGAAACAUAUGCCACACAUUUCUAGCUAUUUUUUUUAUAUAGUAAGACAUUUUAAACAGAUAAUGGUACUAUAUAAAAAGCAAAACAAAAACCAGUGACAAAGGGACUACAUUUAAACUUUUGGUGGAUUUUAUGUAUUUAAAAACUUCAGACUGCAAGAAUUACAUUCUUCUCUAAAUAUUUUUUUCCCAAAUGAAUAUAUCUGUUCAUUGAUAACUUAUCAGAUGAAAAAUUGUGAAAUUGUAGGACCAUGGACUAAAGGCUCAGUCUCCAGAAACUCAGGUAAAAAAUAAUUUUUAACCAUUUAUUUGGUUUUUAAUGGGCUGUGCAGUACUUGUUUGCAUCAAGCAUGUAUAAAGUAACCUGGUUUGUAAAACACUGAAUUUCAUUCACUAAAUCUGCUGGUCAAUGAUACAGGUAUACAUCUGUUAUAAAAUGUGUGGCUGUAGCUCUAUGAGGUCUACUGCAGGAAGAAGAAUGUCUACUGUCUCGGUAAUACUAAAUAACAAACUGUAACCCCUUUUCUCUCUUUGUCUCUUGCUCUCAUGCACUCUCUCUAAUGUUGGUCUCUUCUAAGAAAAUAUUUCUUCUAUUAAAGAUUCACAACAGUG